AACCUGUUGUCAUUAUUUGAUAGUUCAUAGAAAGCCAAUAAAAUGAUCCUUAAUCUGUGGUUACCACCGAUUCUGGUGAAAACGGUGGGAACAUGCGUGAUAUGGUACGGUAUAUCGUCUCUCACCUCUCAAUUGACUAAGCGGAUCUUGGUGGAAUACAGGUAUCCGUUGUUCCUAAGUCAGUUCCAGUUUUUGACCUCCUCGUUGUUGUCACUUUUGUUUAUCGUGUUGGUAAGAGUAUUUCCUCACAUCAGGCAAUACUUCCCCACCGGAAGUGUCCCUACUGAUGUAGAGAAGCCUGUUAUCAAUUUGGGUGCUUUUUUGAAGAUUCUACCGUUGGGACUCUUUCAGUUUUUUGGAAAGUACUUUGCCUUGAGUGCUACAUCAUUACUUUCCUUAGCGGCCGUUUCGAGUAUUCGAGCGUUGUCUCCCUUGGUCAUUGUGUCAAGCUAUCGUUUUGUCUACAAGAUCAAAUUCCCUCUUUUGACAUAUUUCUCGUUGGUUCCGUUACUUGGAGGAGUGAUUUUAAUCAUCACUUCGGAAGCCCCAAAGUCCAACUCUAAAGGUGAACCCACUAGUGAGUUUGGAUUUGAUUCGGGUCAAAUCAAGGGAUUUGUGUUUUGUUUCAUCAACUUGAUCAUCUUUGCUGCUCAAAACAUCUAUGCCAAACAAUUGAUAACUUGGGAUACCGAUGACACAAAGAGCCUUGCCAUCAGCACAAAGAGAUCAGAAUCUCCAUUUGAUUCGAAUGCAAAGGACCACAAGUAUAUCAGACAAAGAAACAAUCUGAUCAGAUUGCCCUAUUCAACGUCAGACUUGAAGUUGGAUGAAAAAAACGAAGAUGUUCCAAAUCCAAGCUAUGAAAGCUAUCUUCUGCCUCUUCCCCAGAAUGGCCAUUACACCCACCAGAGUGCUCAAAGCACCGACUAUUCCAAGGAGGUUCAAACCAAUAAAUUCAACUUGGGGAACCCGUUUGCAUCGUUCAUUAGUGACAGUGACAAGAUCACCAAGCCCGACCAGAUCACCACCAUAUUCUACUGUUCUAUGAUUGGAUUUUUUAUAUCCGUCACCGGGUUCCUCCUCAACGAGCUUCCCCAUGUCCUCGAUAUUCUUCAGGGAAGAUUAGAGGAUUCGACUCCAGAUACCAAAUCAGGUAUUCUAUGGGUGUUUUACCUCAUUCUUUUAAGCUCGUUGUUUCAUUUCUUCCAAACCCUCUUAGCAUUUCACCUUCUUGGUCUGAUCCCAGCCGUGUCAUACUCAAUUGCUUCAUUGAUGAAGAGAAUAUGGCUCAUCACCGUUAGUAUUGUGAUGGCUGCCAAUAACCACGAUCCAAAUAAAUACUUUGGAAAGCUCACCAGUGGGCAGUUGUUGGGGCUUCUUCUCACCGGCUUCGGCUUAUAUUGCUACGAUAAGUGGGGGUCCAAAGCUGUCAAAACCAAGACGUAAACUAUAAACAGAGGAUGUCUGUCAUUUGUGUACUAUAAUAUAUGGAAAUGUUAGGACAGCUGGAAUGCACUGUUUCAACUAAGACCAGGGGUCUUCUGAAACCGUGUCCUGUUAGCCCUUUCGCUCGCUCUUGAAUAGGUUGUAGAGAGUGGUAGCCGUAGAUGUUAAAGCUGUCACCCUACAAUAAUACCUAUCCGUGUACAAU